CGAUAACAAGGUAUAGUAUAUAUAUUGGGUUAUAUCAAGACAAAUUCCUACUAGAUCACACUGCACAAGCCUGAAAAGUUUUACCGAAGAUCAUCAUUUCAAUAACGUUACCAGCUUGUUAUAGAUACAUGUACAACGUACUUUAUAAGAAAUAAGACAAGAUGUCAAAACUCAACGAAAAAGGAGACGAAUUCUCAAUCACUGCUGUAAAGAGUUCCUCGGAAGCUCAUGGUGCUAGAGUUCCGACCCCCGGGAAUGCGGUCCUCACUGAAGAAUUUGUGCCUCCAGAUGGCGGGUGGGGGUGGGUCGUGUGCAUAGCAUCGCUUCUGACAAACGGCAUAGUGUUCAGCAUCCUCAAUACGUUUGGCAUAAUAUAUGUAUACUUAGUCAAAGAAUAUGCCACGGAUAAUCCAACAAUUUCUUUUAAAACAUCCUGGGUUGGAUCUGUGUGUACAGGCGUUACCUUCUUGAUGUCCAUUUCUGCCAGCAUAUGCAGUGAUCGGAUUGGUAUCAGACCGACGGCGUUCUUUGGGGCCGCGCUGGGCGUGAUAGGAUUAAUUUCCAGUGCUUUCGUCACACGUUUGGAACUUCUUUAUCUCACAUAUGGUCUCUUUCUCGGUAUCGGCGGCGGAUUCAUAUAUUCGCUCUCCUUGGUCAUUCUCGGACACUACUUCAAGAAGCAUUUGGGCAUUGUGAAUGGAAUCGUGACUUUUGGAAGUUCACUUAGCACAAUAAUUUUGUCCAUUGUUCUUCCAAUCGUGUUGGAUUCACUGGGCAUUAAGUAUGUGUUUCUGAUCCUGGGAGGGUUGUACUGUUUACUUCUGUUGUGCAGUCUGACAUGGAAGCCUUUGUUUCACGGGGAUACGAAUUUUCCAGUUUCCUCAACAGAAAUCAAUAUGGAAGACGCUGUAAGCUGUUGUUCCUGUACUAAAAAGUACUUGAAUCUGAAAAUCUUUAAAACACGUGGAUAUCUCAUUUGGUUUUUCGGAUUUUCCACUGGUUUAUUUGGGUACUUUGUGCCAUUUAUACAUUUAGUAAAACAUACUCAAGAUAGAUUUCCGGAUGCAAAUGCGUUUAUUCUGAUUACCUGCAUGCAAUCAACAUCCGGUCUGGGAAGAAUCAUUUUUGGGGAAAUGGCGGAUUUGGAAUGCGUGAACCGAAUUUACAUGCAGCAGACCGCUUUCGUGGUGAUGGGCGUAGUAACAGCAUGUAUUCCUUUCUCGGCCAGUUUCAAAGGAUUGAUUGCUAUUUCUCUCAUUCUUGGAAUCUGUGAUGGGAUUGUGGUAUGUUUGUUAGGUCCAAUUGUGGUUGACCUUGUCGGCCUCAAGAACACAUCACACGGGAUUGGGUUUAUACUCGGUGGCAUCUCUCUGCCUAUAACUGUUGGUCCUCCCAUUGCAGUGAUGCUCAACCGAAAUAUCGCGAUGUGUAAAAAAGGACAGUAUCUAUCACAUGAACUAAUACCGACAGGGGAUGCUUACCCCUCGGAGGCAACUGAUCCCACCACUGAUAUCUCCAAGGGUUUGUUGUAUGAUAGACUGCACACAUAUGAAAUAGCGUUUGUGGCUGCUGGUGUUGCGCCUGUUGUGGGUGCCAUUAUGAUGUGUUUAAUUCCUAGAGUCAAACAGUGAUCCAGACACAAAGCAUCGUGCCUUCCUGACGCGGGAUAGUGUUCGUGCUUAUUUGCCAUGGAAAUUGUUGAUUAAAAUAAAAGUAAUUUCUAUUGGUAUUUAGAGAGACAAUUGUAUCAAACUAUUUUAAUGAAAAUAAAGCAACACAUCACACGU